AUGGAGUCUGGGUGGCCAACAUGGGUGCUGCCUUUGGUCCCUCCCCACCCCGGGCAGGACCUGAAGGAGGAAAUUGACCUUCGGCUCUCCAGGGUGCAGGACAUCAAAUACGAGCCCCAGCUGCUGGCCGAGGAUGACUGCAGGCUGCUGCAGCUGGAGACACAAGGCUGCUACAACUACCUGUACAGGAUGAAGGCUCUGGAUGCCAUCAGGACCUCUGAGAUCCCCUUCCAGGCAGAGGGUCGCUACCCGAGGUCCCUGGUGGGGAAGAACUUCUGUGCCUACCUGCUGGAGCUGCGCAACUCCAGCGCCGGCCUCAAGGGGCUGCGCAAGGCCCUGCUCGAUGCCCUGCUGGAUGGCUACGAGAGUGCUCGCUAUGGCACGGGGGUCUUUGGGAGAUCUGAGUACCUGAAGUACCAGGAGGCCCUGGACGAGUUGGCCAAUGUCACCAAGGCCCGGGGGGGCAGCAGGCAGCGCCAGCACCAGUCUGCAGCCAAGGACCUGACGCAGUGCCCGGAGGGCUCCCCCCCUGCCACCAUCCAGGUCACCUACCUGCCCUCCUGCCAGAGGAGCAAACGUGCCAAGCACUUCCUCGAGCUCAAGAGCUUCAAGGACAACUACAACACCCUGGAGAGCACCCUCUGAGCUGGGCAGUACCCAGCUGGCACCCGGCGGUGCCAACGCUGCCAGCCGCUCGCUCCCGCAGCUCCCUCUGCCCGGCCCCGGGGGCAUGGGGCAGG